AUGCUUUAUGGGGAGAUUAAACUGGAACCUUGGAUGAUUUUCUCAAGCAAAGAACACUUCCUAGGGGUGUUAAGGGAUUUCUGUAUCCAAGAAGGGUUUGCUUUGACUCCGGAUAAGCAUGAUUCUAAGAGGUUCACAGCAAGGUGUUAUCAAAAACAAUGCAACUGGAGGAUUCAUGCAUCUAUGCUCAUGGAUGGGGUUAGUUGGGCAAUUAAGAGUUUGACAGGGGAGCACAAACUGUGUGGCAGAUUAGAUGCUAACCCCAUGGUUAGUUCUGAGUGGUUGUGUAAGAAACUCAUGGAGGAUAUUAAAUCUAAUCCUGACUAUCCUGUUGAGGGCCUACAAGAAAGAUGCAGGGUGAUGUUUAGGAUUGAAGUGAAGUUGAGGUUGUUGUAUAAGGUAAGAAACAUGGCUAAGGAGUUGAUUCAUGGGGGGUUUAGUGAGUCCUAUGAUCUGCUGCCAGCUUAUGCAGAUAUGAUCAAGAGGACAAAUCCCAGAAGCUAUGCUCUUGUGACAUGGACUAAGGAGAUUGUUGGUGCAACCCCUCACUUUAAGUCAUGUUUCUUUUCUUUUGGUUGCAUGAUCAAGGGGUUUUUUGAAGGUUGUAGGCCAAUUAUUGGCAUUGAUGGUGCUCACCUCAGUGGAACCUACAAGGGACAAAUGCUCACUGCGAUUGCCAUAGAUGGGAACAAUGAGAUAUUCCCAAUUGCUUAUGGGAUUGUUGAUGGAGAAACUGGAGACACUUGGCAUACUUCUUCAGAUGCUUGA